ACAGGAUAACGCAAGAUAAGAAAACGGCACAGGCACAAGCGAGCCAGCGAUCGAGCGGGGGCGGCUCCUCCUGCGACGGCGAGGCGUCCAUGGCGUCCCUCUCCCUUUCCCUCCACCACCCGUGCAAUUCAAGAACAGGCUUCCUUGGAAAGAGACAAGGGAUUUGUCUUCAUGUUAUCCCUGCUGGCAGAGUUGGUUUUGUCAGAAAAACAAUUGAGUGCAAGGAAUCUAGAAUUGGAAAGAAACCGAUAGAAGUUCCAUCAAAUGUUACUCUUACAUUAGAGGAGCAAUUUAUAAAAGCUAAGGGUCCAUUGGGAGAGUUAUCACUAAACUAUCCAGGUGAAGUAAAAGUGGUGAAAGAAGAAUCUGGUAAGCUGAGAGUCUCCAAAACAGUGGAAACCAAAAGGGCAAACCAGAUGCAUGGACUUUUCAGGACCCUGACGGACAACAUCAUCGUAGGGGUAUCAAAAGGGUUUGACAAGAAGCUUCAGUUAGUUGGGGUCGGGUACCGUGCAGCUGUAGAAGGCAAAGAUCUCGUGAUGAAUUUGGGAUUCUCGCAUCCUGUUCGGAUGGCUGUUCCUGAAGGCCUGAAGGUUAAGGUGGAAGAGAACACCAGGAUCAUCGUGAGUGGCUACGACAAGAGUGAGAUUGGCCAGUUUGCUGCCUCCAUAAAGAAGUGGAGGCCACCUGAGCCGUACAAGGGGAAGGGAAUCCGAUACGCCGAUGAGGUUGUCAGAAGAAAGGAGGGUAAAGCUGGGAAAAAGAAGUAGAAAAGCUCUUCUGCUUCAUCAUCGUUUCGUUCGGCUGGUAUUAUAUAUACUUCCUUUUGGUUUUGAUUUUUCCCCAUGUGUAAGUGUAAUCCAUCUUUUACGAACAAAGAGAACAAGCUUUUUGAAUCAUGUAAUCUCUCACGGCUUGUCGAGAUAUAGGACUCAAAAUAGUGGAGUCACACUGUAGAGUCACUACUGUUUCCAUCA